UGUUGUCAUUCUACGCUGGGUAUCGGUGAGGUCCUCGACGAUCUUCAAGAAAAGGAGUUGAAUUCGUUGCGGCAUGGCUACGCCACCUGGACAAAAGGCACUAGAGGCUAUUCGUAGCCAAGCAGAUGAAAAAAGUGGAUUUAAAGUUCCCGCAGUGCCAACCGCUAAGAAGAAAGUUAAAUCAAAACAAAUCAUUCUUCCCGAGGAGCAGUACAUCGCGAUACUAGGCAAGAUUAUCCAACGAGAUUUCUUCCCUGACCUGGAAAAGCUGAAGGCACAGAACGACUAUCUGGACGCGGUCGAGAAAAAUGACAUUGCGAGACUGCGUGAACUCUACGCAAAAUACAGUGGCAGACAGUUCCCUAACGCAACUGGCAGCAAAAGCCCGGCAACAUUUGAAACGCCCAUUCGAUCUGCAAGCAGCACCCCUCGAGUUGGUGGCACGCCCAAUAGUAACGUGUCCGAAAGCGAGCAGCAGACCGACCAGAAUCCGAACAUUGCUAAGCACCACAGUCUCGACUCCUUUUUGAAAUCAUACACGAGUGAAGACAAUGAGAGUUUCCAAACAAUCAUUGAGAGUGCCAAGGAAAAGCUGGAACAAAAGCUAGUGGACCUCUACAAAGUUCGCCCCCUUGCCAUUACGGAUGACCCAGAAAAAACGGAAACGCCUCAAUUGCAAGUGGAACUUAGCAACCCUAUUCGCAACUCGAUUAUGUUCAUCCCAGACGGAGUAGAUCUCAUGCCGGCGGAGAAACUGGAAAUGGCCAGCAAACAACGGGAAGUGUCGUACGCCAACACGCGAUUCAUACAGAAUCCCUUCAACGAGAGUCAAAAUAAACAAACCAUUACCGAGCUGGCUCGGACGCAGGCCAAGCAUUUGGUCGGCAAAGUGGGCGUCGACGGAAAUAUUGUUCAGACGUCGGCAAACGAUGGAAGAACAUUCGAUUUCGUAAAAACUCCCUCUCCUGCACCUGGGGAGGCGUGCACCCCGCUGAUGACUUGGGGUGAAAUCGAGGGCACCCCGUUCAAACUUGAUGGAAGCGACACACCCUACCGACCAACGACAGGCCCUUCUUUUCGUAUUAAUGAAACUUCCCGAAGAGAAGCAAUCGCACAUGAACUCGCCGAGAAGGCAGGUGAGCGAUUGCGUGGGCAGAAGCGAAAAGCAAUGGAAAGUGUGAGAAGGAGCAUGGCAUCACCCUACGUUCGCAUGUCAACAGAUCGUUUGGCAUCACUAUCGCCUGCUGCAAAACGUCUCGCUGUAGACAAAUUGGGCCUUCGCACUUCUACUAUGACACCGUCUAUAAGCAGCAGCUCGACGACGCCACUGGUUCGUCCAAAAUCCAGCCCUUCUCCCCUAGUACGGAAAAAGGUUCCAACGCCUGCAGUGCCGAGUAAAACUUCAGAAACCCCAAUUCAAGUGAACUUAACGGACAAUUUAUUACAUAUUCCGUCGUCGAAACGACCGAAAGCUUCAGAUUUUUUCUGAAGCUUGACUUAGUUUUUAAUAAAAUUAUUCCUAAAAGA